CACGUCUGCCACCUCAACCCUGCACUCGGCCUCUUUCUCUCUCCCUUGUGCAAAUCUGCAUAUAAUUAGCUCUGGUUCCAUUUGCUAGUUGCGGGCUUUGUCCACCGUUUUCCUUUCUUCCUUUCGUUUUCCCCUCCUUUGUGUAACAUCUCUAGGAGGCUUGUGCUUGCAAGGCCUCAUCGGGAGAUCAUUCAUCGGACACCCGCAUCCCCUCCCUGGUCCAACUCGCCUGUCGAUGCUCCUUUCCCACCCUCCAAUUCGCCUUUGCUGGUCGUCAACCUUCCGAUCGGUUCGCCAAUUGUCUUUCGCCCGCUCUAGGUUCUUUUCCACCUCCGUUCCGCGCUACUCCGUCGACAUGGAGACCGUCAACACUUCCGAACGCCUGGCCAAACUGAGACAGUUGAUGCAGGAGCACCAGGUCGAUGUAUACAUUGUUCCUUCGGAAGAUAGCCACCAGUCGGAGUAUAUCGCCCCAUGUGACGGUCGUCGAGAAUUCAUCUCCGGUUUCUCCGGUUCCGCGGGUACUGCCAUUGUUUCUCAGACCAAGGCUGCCCUGUCGACCGACGGCCGAUACUUCAAUCAGGCCGCGAAGCAGCUGGACAGCAACUGGGAGCUCCUGAAACGGGGCGUCGAAGGUGUUCCGACGUGGCAGGAAUGGACUACUGAGCAAGCUGAGGGCGGUAAGGUCGUCGGCGUUGACCCAGCUUUGUUCACCCCGUCCGGUGCUCGCAGCCUUACCGAGACCCUCAAGAAGAACGGCUCGACGCUGGUGGGCGUUCAGCAGAACCUGGUUGAUCUAGUUUGGGGUAAGGACCGACCUGCGGCCCCAAGGGAGCUAGUCAAGGUCCACCCGGAGAAGUAUGCGGGAAAGAGCUUCCAGGAGAAGAUCGGUGAUCUGCGCAAGGAGCUAGAGACCAAGAAAUAUGCCGGUUUUGUGAUUUCUAUGCUCGAUGAAAUUGCCUGGUUGUUUAACCUGCGCGGCACCGACAUCCCCUACAACCCCGUCUUCUUUUCAUACGCCAUCGUCACGCCUACAACCGUCGAUCUUUACGUCGACGAGGAUAAAUUGACCCCCGAGGUCAAAGCUCACCUCGGUCAAGAUGUCGCUAUCAAACCGUACGACUCCAUCUUCGCUGAUGUCAAGGCAAUCAGCGAGGCGCGCAAGCAAGAAACGCAGCCCGCGAAAUUCCUUCUCUCCAACAAAGCUUCUUGGGCCCUGAGUCUCAGUCUGGGAGGUGAAGACCACGUCGAGGAGGCCCGUAGCCCAAUUGGCGAUGCUAAGGCUAUCAAAAACGACGUUGAACUCGCGGGUAUGCGAGCGUGCCACAUCCGGGAUGGUGCUGCGCUGACCGAGUAUUUCGCUUGGCUCGAGAACGAAUUGGUCAACAAGAAGACCACUCUUGAUGAAGUGGAUGCCGCCGACAAGUUGGAGCAGAUCCGAUCUAAGCAUGAACUUUUCGCGGGCCUUUCCUUCGACACCAUCUCGUCCACGGGCCCCAACGGUGCUGUCAUCCACUACAAGCCCGAGAAGGGAAGCUGCGCCAUUAUUGAUCCGAAAGCCAUCUAUCUCUGUGACUCGGGUGCUCAAUAUCUUGAUGGCACAACGGACGUGACGCGAACAUUCCAUUUCGGACAGCCUUCCGAGGUCGAGAAAAAAGCUUUCACCUUGGUCUUGAAGGGCAUGAUCGCACUGGAUUCUGCCGUCUUCCCUAAAGGCACUAGUGGGUUUGCGCUAGAUGUUCUGGCGAGACAGCACCUGUGGAAAGAGGGGCUUGAUUACCUGCACGGAACCGGUCACGGAAUUGGCUCCUACUUGAAUGUUCACGAGGGCCCCAUGGGUGUCGGCAGUCGCGUUCAGUACACGGAAGUUCCGAUUGCUCCUGGAAAUGUCAUUUCGGAUGAACCCGGAUUUUACGAGGACGGCAAGUUUGGUAUUCGUAUCGAGAAUGUCAUCAUGGCUCGUGAAGUCAAGACGACGCAUAACUUCGGCGAUCGCCCUUGGCUGGGCUUCGAGCAUGUCACCAUGACUCCCAUCGGUCGCAACCUGAUUGAGCCCUCUCUUCUUAGCGACUCCGAGAUCAAAUGGGUCAAUGACUAUCACACCGAGAUCUGGGAUAAGACGCAUCACUUCUUUGAGAACGAUGAGUACACCCGCAAGUGGCUCGAGCGAGAGACGAAGCCCAUUUCGAAAUAAGUGCUGCCUUGGUAGAAGGUGCCAUGUUGCAUAGUUACAUCCGUAGUAUCAUUUGCAGUCUAGAACCUGCUUGGGCCAGGACCGGACGAGCCUUUUUAAAUUCAAUACUUGCAAUAGAAGUUCAUGCAAUCUAGCAUACAUAAUGUGUAUUUCUUUGUGCUAAAUUAAAAGAUACUAUCGAUGAUGGUCCCUCCCGGCCCUACUAGACUUCCCUGUGGUGCAUUGCGGAACGUGGCUGGUUGCUUGUGUGGAGAAGUGCGAGCCGCCUUCCACCCCGUCGAUGAUUG